GGCGGUGCCGGCUCGGUGUGCGGGGUGAGUGGUACCGGGGGCACCGGCGGUACCGGCUCGGUGUGCGGGGUGAGUGGUGCCGGGGCUGCGCUGGGGGGGCAGCGCCGGCCGGCCCCACGCGCUCCGCGGUCCCCACGCACCGUCCCCGCCGUGCUGGCACCGGGGCGGCUCCCGGAGCCCCCGCGCCGGGUUCCCACGGGCCGUGCCCCCGACCCCCGGCAGGGCCCGCCCCGACCCCGGUGUUCCCGGCCCGCGCAGCCCGAGGUCGCGGCAGGAGGGAGCCGCCGGUGAUGCCGCUGCUGCUGCUGCUGCUGCUGCUGCUGGGGCCGGCGGCGUGGGGUGCCCCAAGGGCCGGCUCCAACAGGCCCGAGCCCCCCGUGGCUGCAGUCGUGGACCCGUACCCCGAUCCGCUGAGCCCGGAGUCGCCUGCACUGCUGCUGCUGAGGAGCGCCGUGCAGAGCCUGGGGCCCCCGGAGCGGGACGUGGAGGCCAUGACACGGGAGCAGGCCCUGCUCUACCUCUUCGUGCUCCACGACCACGACCAGAGCAGGCGCCUGGAUGGGCUGGAGCUGCUGCAGUUACUUGGCACGGUGCUGGCACAGGCUGGGGGGCAGCCUGACCCUGACAUGGUGGCUGCACUGGUGGACCAAGCUCUGGCAAGGCAGGACCUGAAUGGGGAUGGGCUGCUGGACCCCUCUGAGCUGCUGGACCCCCCCGAGGUGCUCUUGCCUGGUCAGGACAAGGGUCCCCCAGAACAGCCCCCACUAGAGCAGCAGGCAGGGGUUGGGGCUGUGCCUGGCGGGGGCACGGAGAUGCCAAGGCAGGACCUGGGGUUGAAAAGCCCAGGACAGGCAGCCACUGAGGCUGGAGACCCCCAGACUGGAGCCCCUGAGGAUGGAGACCUCCAGACUGGAGCCCUUGAGGAUGGAGCCCCCAAGAUGGAAUCCCUUGAGGUGGAAUCUCCCAAUGCUGAGGCCUUGGAAGCAGAAAUAAUUCCUGAGGCCAAAGCCCCCAGUACUGAUGCCACAGAGGAAGAGGAAGCCCGUGAGGCUGAAGCCCCUGAGGAGCAGGCAGCCCCAGCCUGGAGGGACCAUGGGGAGGGGUAGGCACUGGGGGCUCUGGGAUGCAAUGCCCUGGUUGCUCCCUGCCCUGCUCAGGGCACAGAGGGGCAGGGGAUGGCCAAGCAGGGCUGGGGUGGUGUGCUCCCCUCUGUAACUCAUUGGAUGCAGAAAUAGAGGCA